AUGGCCGGCGAUAUGUCGUCGUCCGCAGGCGACAACAACAAGAAGACCGCGUGCGUGACUGGAGGGAGCGGGUACAUCGGUUCCGCACUCAUCAAGUUGCUGCUGGAGGAGGGCUAUGCCGUGAAGACGACGGUCAGGAACCCCGGUUCGAUUCUCCCCUCUUUUCGGUUCAGUGUUUCGUGGUUGUUGCUGUUCCGGGCUGUGCAGAUAGAUGGUGGUGGUUGUGAUGUAAUUGUGAAUCCCACCACGGUCCUACCCAUGCUUAGAAUUGACCUUGAUUUGGUUUGUUUUUUAUUCCCUGAAACCCCAGAUGACAUGCAGAAGAACUCCCACCUCAAGGACUUGCAGCAGCUUGGACCGCUGACGGUCUUCCGCGCCGACAUGGACGAAGAAGACAGCUUCGACGACGCCGUCGCCGGCUGCGAUUACGUCUUCCUCGUCGCCGCCCCGCUGAACUUCUCGGCACAGGAUCCAGAGAAAGAGCAGAUCGAGCCGGCCGUCCGAGGAACGCUGAACGCAAUGAGGUCGUGCGUGAAGGCCGGGACGGUGCGGCGCGUGAUCCUGACCUCGUCGGUGGCCGCAGUCAUCAGGCCGGACCUGCAAGGCGACGGGCAUGGGCAUGUGCUGGACGAGAACUCAUGGUCCGACGUCGAGUACCUCAGAGCCAACAAGCCACCAACCUGGGCACACUGCGUGUCCAAGGUGCUCCUGGAGAAGGAAGCGUGCAGGUUCGCGGAGGAGCACGGCAUCAGCCUGGUCACCGUCUGCCCCGUCAUCGUCGUGGGCGCGGCGCCGGCACCCAAGGCCCGCUCGAGCAUCGUCGACUGCCUCUCCUUGCUGUCCGGCAACGAGGCACUGCUCGCCGCGCUCAAGGGCAUCGAGAAGACCUCCGGCGGGGUGCAGCUAGUCCACGUCGACGACCUCUGCCGCGCGGAGCUGUUCGUCGCCGAGGAGGCGGCGGCCGUGGGGAGGUACAUCUGCUGCAGCCUCAACACGACCGUCGUCGAGAUCGCGCGAUUCCUGGCACGCAAGUACCCGCAGUACGGCGUGGAAACAAAUUUGCCCACCGACGACGACCAGCAGCUCCUGGAGAAGCCGAGAGUGAGCCUGUCGUCUGCGAAGCUGGUUAGGGAAGGGUUCGAGUUCAAGUACAAGACCCUGGACGAGAUAUACGGUGACGUCGUCGAGUACGGCAAGGCACUGGGAAUUCUGCCCUACUGA